AAUUUCCCCCUAAAUAUCCGAGUAAACGGAGUUACGUAAGCGCUGAUGACUCCUAUUACCAAUGGCGUUGCUCUUCUUCAAAGUUCAUUAAGCCCCCAACCCACCCGCUGGAAGAUAAAAAUUCUCAGAAUUCCAUAAAUUAAAACACCCUAAAACUCAUUACGAUUAGUUUCUUCAUUUUUCUUUUGGGAAAUGGAUUCUACUCCCAAGAAAUCAUCCUUCGCAUCCUCGUCGAGUGUGCUGGCGCCGGGUUUCCGAUUCCAUCCGACGGACGAGGAGCUCGUGCGUUACUAUUUACGGCGAAAAGUAUGCGGGAAGUCUUUCCGAUUUGAUGCUAUUUCUGAUAUCGAUAUUUACAGAGCCGAACCUUGGGAUCUCCCUAGCAUGUCAAGGCUAAAGACUAGAGAUUUGGAGUGGUAUUUUUUCAGUGUUCUUGACAAGAAGCAUGGGAAUGGAUCAAGGACCAACCGGGCAACUGAAAAAGGAUAUUGGAAGACGACAGGAAAGGACAGGGCUGUCUACCAUAAAUCAGAGAUUGUCGGCAUGAAGAAAACUCUUGUUUAUCAUAGUGGCCGGGCUCCAAAGGGUCCAAGGACUAACUGGGUUAUGCAUGAAUACAGGCUCGUUGAUCUGGAGUUGGAGAGAGCUGGAAUUGUUUAGGAUGCAUUUGUACUCUGCCGAGUAUAUCAAAAGAGUGGUUCUGGGCCGAAGAAUGGAGAAAAGUACGGGGCACCAUUUGUGGAGGAGGAGUGGGAGGACGAUGAGGUGGAAAUGACUACUAAGGAAGAGGUGGAUUUUGGCGGUGAUGCCUAUUUGGACAGCCAUGACCUUGAGCAGACUUUUGGAACAGAUGUUACAUCGGAUGUUGCUCCACUUCCAUUGAAUUUCUACUCUGUGGAAGAUGUCAGCAAUCAAAAGGAAUCAUCCAGCACGGUUGAUGCCCAAAAGCUCUUGUUGGGUGUCCCCGGACAUCAGUGUGAGCCAGAGCAGUCUGAUGAUAAGAGUUUAUUUGAUUUGCCCGAUUCAUACGAUGCUGAUGGAAAACCACUCAAGCAUGAAUACGUAGGAGAAUCAAGACAGACAGGGAAUUCUGAGGAGGUGGAUUACUUGCUGGACGAACCUUGGUUGGAUACUUUUGAUAACCUUCAAUCUGGUGAUGGUGGAUUCAUUGAAACUGAUGAUCUCUCUAAUCCUGUUGGAGAUGAUACUUCUACUUUUGACAUGCUUGAGGAGUACCUUGCAUUCUUUGAUGCUGAAGAUGGCAACGCACAAUAUUUAACUUAUGAUCCUUCAAAGAUGGCAGGGAGUGAUGACCUUGUUUCUGAUCAAGCAUUCCUUGUUCAGAAGAAUAUAAAUGAACCAACUCAGCAGGAUACUACAUCAAGCAGACAACUCUUUGACAGUAACAAUUACUAUGAUGCUGAACCAUCCUCUAAGAAAGAAUCUGUGAAAUUUGAAUCAGAUUUUCGGCAUCCAUUCGCCAAGCAGGCAAGUCGCAUGUUGGGUAGCAUCUCUGCUCCUCCAGCAUUUGCUUCAGAGAUUUAUCCA